AAUUUGUGAAUUUGUGCAGUACUUAGUUUGGGCCAACCCCCGUGAGUGAGCGAUUUCCGGCUACUUCCGUAUGCUCAUGUGAUUCUUUUUUUGCAGGACUGGAGGUGGUGUGGUGGAAUGGCAAGUGACAAAUACCAGAUAGUGGUGCAAGGAGAGGCUUCAGAGACCGACUCAGAUGACGAGGUAUACAUCACCUCCCUCUCUCCACAUUCAACUGCCGGAGGGCAAAAGGUACCAGGGGAAGCGUCUGAGACUGACAGCGAGGGGGAGGUUGAGAAAGCACGGAAAUGUGUCAUUGCUGCAAGCUCUGAAAACCCACAAAUAUUACGCAAGGACUUAACUCCUCUGCUUGUGAUCAGAGAUAACCCUGACAUUCAGUCCGUGGUAGAGGAGAGGGUUCUUUCUAAGCCUGAAUAUAGUGGGCUCUACUACAACACUUUACUCCAGCAGAAAUUACAGGAGAGCAAUGCACGUCUGUGCACGGAUGUGUCCCAGACCAUCAAACAGGUGUAUGGUAAUGCCACAAAGGAGAUCCGCAUGGCCACGACCCACCUGAACAGCUCCCAGAACGGCAUCAUCAACGCCUCCCACAGCAUCCGACUCAUUCUGGAGGACCUCAAGUCCGUCUCAGAGAAAAUGGACAUUAUCACCAGCUGUUAUCUGCUCCCCGAUAUUACCAUCCCCUCCUCUCCCACUACCCCUAUUCCUGGACAAUGAUGUUCCUUAUGAUGUUCCUCGUUCAAUGUUUUCAUAUGUCUUAUGUAGGCUAAACGACGGGUUGGAGUAUCGUUAUUUGUAAAAGGCACUUGCAGUAGGUGAAUAAAUGAUGCAUGCCGUUAUGCUAUUGCUGCUCUAUGUUAUUCUGAUAACAUUCAGAUGGCUUAUUCAUUGUAGUUUGUCAUCGCAAAGGAUGCUUAUUGAUCUUGGUCAUACAGGAAAGUAUUUAGCUGUUCACGUUCACAACCAGUUAACACGUCUUGUUAAGCACUGUAUUUUCCGAAGCGCCAAACCCUGUCGUAGACCUAGUGCACGGCCCACUUGUGGUGUAAGCAAAACACCGCAAGUGGUGCGACUGCUGUGGUCAUUUUUGUCUAGGCCUAGAAAUUGAAGCUACAGUCCUAAUUUAUUAACCAAAUUAAUCCUAGGACAUUCAUUGUGCAUUGCUGUAUUCACAAGUCAGUCAUUGAACUGCAAUAGGCUUUUACUUCAGGGAACAUUGAAGGAACAGUUUCAAAACUUUAAGAUACAUUCCAUCCCUAUACAGUGUAAUCUUCCCAAAGAUAUAAAAAGUGUUAUAAAAUUAAAGGUCAUUUUGAAUCCA